AUGUGUUCCACUAAGCAUAAGCAAAAGCAUAGGAGCUCCUCCGCCGCGUACACCGUCGUCGACAAGGCCUCCUCCGCCGAGGAGGAAGACGGAGACUGGAGGCAAGAAGCAAUCAACGGUGGAUCUCUGAAGCUUGUAGACCUCGAUACUGGAUCCAAUGGUUGGGCGUCCCCUCCCGGCGAUCUAUUCUCUCUCCGCGGCAGUAACUACUUCACCAAGAAGCAGAAGUGCCCCUCCGGUCCAUGGCUCCUUCAUCCUGCAGGUGUCGAUUGGCUCCGUUCUGCAUCUAAACUCGACCACGUCCUAUCACGCGCCGACAACCGUGUGAUGCACGCGCUUAGGAAGUCUCAGUGCGAAGGAAGCAACACUGCGAAGAGUUUCGUAUUGGCCGUGAACUUACAGGUUCCAGGUAGGGAUCAUCAUAGUGCUGUGUUCUACUUCGCAACAGGCGAUCCGAUUCCCUCCGGUUCACUUCUCUAUCGUUUCAUCCACGGCGACGACGCCUUCCGCAACCAGCGGUUUAAGAUUGUGAACCGUAUCGUCAAAGGGCCGUGGAUCGUGAAAGCCACCGUCGGGAACUACUCCGCUUGCCUGCUCGGAAAAGCCCUGAAUUGCCACUACCACAGCGGCCCGAAUUACCUAGAGAUUGACGUCGACAUCGGUAGCUCGAAGGUCGCCACUGCGAUUUUGCGUUUGGCGUUGGGAUGCGUCACGGCUGUAACAAUCGAUAUGGGGUUUGCAGUUGAAGCUCAGGAAGAAGAGGAAUUACCGGAGAAGUUGUUUGGGGCAGUUAGGAUAUGUCAAAUGGAGAUGUCUUCUGCGACGUUCGUUGAUACAGAUACAGCAACAAAUAGACCAUUGAUACAAACAGCUCACAGUAAUCGUGUUCAAGCAUCGGAUCUGCAGGAUGACGAUGACGAUGACGACGCGAAUAUUAAUAUUGAGAAAUGA